CUCCUCCAUUAACGGAUAUCGCGAAUUCUUCAAUUUUAAACGUAUCUCAGAGCAACGAACUCAGAUACCGGCGGCUGAAAUCUGCAGAGUGCGGUUGUGUUCGUUUGUUAAUUUCAUUGACAAACGCGUGAAAGUUUUGUUGCUGCUCCGGUCAGUUGGAUGAAAUAAGCUCUAGCCAGUAGACGGUAAAAAUAAAUGAGUCGGGGGAUAAGUACGAGAGGAAAAUUUGUAUAGAGAUCGUUGAAUUUCACGGGAAAAUUUAGUGCGGUGCAUGUAUAUCGUCCAAUCGUUGCUGGAGGAACCGUUAGAAGUUUACGUUGUAUGCGCAUUUGAACGAUCUAGUACACAUUUGUCAUCUGCGUGCGGGAACCACUCCCGAUUGGUGUUACGGUGUUUCCGCGUUAUUCGUCGUUGAUUAAAAGAAGACUAGCAAUAUGGCUGUUAAUGUCUAUGCAACAAAUGUGACAACAGAAAAUCUGAGUCGACAUGAUAUGCUGGCAUGGGUGAAUGAUUGUUUGCAAUCAUCGUUCAGUAAGAUCGAGGAGUUAUGCACUGGUGCUGUUUACUGUCAGUUCAUGGACAUGCUUUUCCCUGGUAGUGUAUCUUUGAAGAGGGUUAAAUUCAAGACUAACCUCGAGCAUGAAUACAUACAGAAUUUCAAAAUUCUCCAAGGAGGUUUCAAAAAGAUGAAUGUAGAUAAGAUUGUUCCAAUUGAUAGGCUGGUGAAAGGUAGAUUCCAAGACAACUUCGAAUUUUUACAAUGGUUCAAGAAAUUCUUUGACGUAAACUACUCCAGAACGGAGCCAUACGAUGCACUUGCUAUGCGAGGAGGAGAAUCCAUGGGUAGUGGUGGAAGUAAUGCGUCGCACGGCACUAAUGCAAAACGCACCACGCCACGUGAUGUAAAUUCGCCUAAAUCAGCUGCUCGUCUUGGUGAGGGAACUGCGCCUCCUGCACUCGCAGCUAGUACCAAGUCUAUAAGCCAUACUAUUAACAAAGUUCCUCCAAUCCACCGUCCGCAAGUGAAAACAGCCGCAAUUGGAAAUCGCGGAGAUCCUGGGAAAGUCGAAGAGCUUAGUGCGCAGGUGAUGGAGCUAAAAAUGUCGCUCGAGGGAUUGGAGAAGGAAAGAGAUUUUUAUUUCGGUAAACUACGCGAUAUUGAAGUUAUGUGCCAAGAAUGUGAUAACGGAGACAAUCCUCCACCAAUAAUAGAGAAAAUCUUAGACGUCCUUUACGCAACAGAGGAAGGAUUUGCACCACCUGAAGAAUUAGGGGACGGGAUCGCGCCCGAUGACGAGGAAGAAUAUUAACUUUUUUUUUUUUGUACAAUCAUUAUAAAAAGAAUAAGAGCAAACUGUCUCGAGUGCGUUUCAGGUUAUUAUGUUUGUGAGCCAGUAUCAGUACCCUUUGCAUAAUUAAUAAGCUACUUUGUAUAGCUGUUCAAGCAUUUGCGCCUUCAUUUUGUUACAAAGUUCACCGAGUUCAUUGAGAUUCGCACGUAACUAGGAUAGAAAUACGUCGAAUAAUGCACUCGAAUAAGUUGUACUCUACAGCAAGUAAUUAUUAAGAAGGAAACAGAAUUAGUAAUUUACAUAUUGUCAUAGUUCUUUAUCGUGCUACGAUAACGGUAGAGUUUCGAACAUCGACAAGUCCCAACGUACGAAGAAAAAAAGAAAAAAAGAGAAAUUAUGGACGCAGAAUAAUUAUCUGAGUUCAGUUUGUUAUACAGUGAUUUAUGUUAACUAUGUUCAUUAACGUGUGAGUGUUUUUGUUUGUAAAUGCACUACGUUUUUAUCGAUAAAUAGAUCGAUCUUGUCGGUUUGUCCAUUUCGUACAUCGCGUAGUUCUCUGAAACGUAGGGGGGGUCUAUUCGUGCAUAAUCUAGCGCUGUUCCGACUCGUUGAAGCCAUUUACCUCGUGCAAUUAUGCAUAAACGAAAGAUGUAUGUAAUUGAUUGUUAUUAAUAUUAAUUUUGUCAACCGUAGUACGAAACAAUUAUGUAUAUCAAACUGAUACGAAACGCAUUAAAAUUGAAUUUCACAAGUUUUAUAAAUAUUUUUUAUCUUCGAUUUAAUGCAUGUUGUUACACUUUAAGCGUAUAAUUGUAAACUUGUAUGUAAAGAAAAAAUUGCAGUUUAAACAAUUCAGCAGGUGUGUACGUACGUCUUGAAAUAGAAUACGAACACGACGAUUUACUAAAUUUUCCAGCAUUGAUUUUUGGAGAUGCACAAGAUCGACGGUACAUUGGAUUUUGAUCGACGCGUGGUUUCAUUCGAAUGUUAUCGGUUCCGCGCGGAAGUAUAGUACGAGCGUCUCUUUGCAUCUCCAUGGUCCGUUUUUCAGGAUAAGGAUGGCCUUAAACAGCGAUCAAAUUCGAAGGUUACAAAGAAAUUAUUAGAGUUGAACGCAAAGUGUAUCCUCCCGAGUACUCUACGAUAAUCACGUUGCAGAACUAUUAGACAACGGAGCGCUUCGCUUUUGAGAAAUUUGUAAAAUUGUGUAGCCUAGAGAGUGUACGAGGAAUAACGAGCGAAAGGGUUCUCCAAACACGUAAAGCGGAAACCGUCUGCGUAUUUGCUGCGUGUGUAUGGCUGGGUGUGUGUAUCUUUUGAAAUCGUCGUUUGAAUCAACAAAGACAAAUUAUGUAAUGAUUUUAGGUUUUUAAGAAUCGGAGUAACUGUAAGAAACGCGUCAAAUAUUGUUAGAAUUAUUUGAAUACGACUUUUAAGGGCGAGAUAUUGCAUUUUAACUUCCGCUCGCUACGUCAUUGCUCUAUAUGUACGUAAACGGCGAUCAU